AUGUUUUCAAUCACAUUUAGGCAAUCACUCAGGACUACAGGAUCAACAUGUAGGAUUCCUAGACUGCCAAGAUUGUCACUUCCUAUUCGCAGGUUCUACGCCUCUGGGAGUACUAUUAAAGCUGCAGUCCAUAAACCUGUCAAAGUUAUCGGUAUUGAUUUGGGAACCACAAACUCUGCCGUAGCCGUUGUGGAAGGUGAAAUGCCCAGAAUUUUGGAAAACUCACAAGGUGAUAGAACUACUCCUUCCAUAGUGGCAUUUACGACAAGAGGUGACGUCCUUGUUGGUGCUACAGCAAAGAGGCAAGCCGUAGUGAACAGUGAAAAUACCUUUUAUGCGACGAAGCGGUUGAUAGGACGGAAAUUUGAGGAUGAUGAAGUUCAAAACGAUAUUUCACAUCUUUCGUACAAAGUGGUGAAGCAUGAAAAUGGCGAUGCCUGGUUACAGACCACCGUAGGAGAGAACCUUUCUUAUUCGCCCUCUCAAAUUGGUGGAUUUGUGCUAAAGGAGAUGAAACAUGUGGCGGAAACCAAUCUGAAUAGCGAAGCAAAGAAUGCUGUUAUUACUGUUCCUGCAUACUUUAAUGAUUCGCAAAGACAGGCCACCAAAACUGCUGGAGAAUUAGUUGGUCUAAAUGUGGUAAGAAUUGUGAAUGAGCCUACUGCUGCUUCAUUAGCUUAUGGAAUGAACCAGAAGAAAAAUGGUUUGCUGGCUGUUUAUGAUCUCGGUGGGGGUACUUUCGAUAUCUCCGUUUUAGACAUUGAUGAUGGUGUGUUUGAGGUAAGAUCCACCAACGGAGAUACCCAUCUAGGAGGAGAGGACUUUGAUAAUGUUUUGGUGAAGUAUAUUGUAGGAAAAUUCAAGGAUAGCCAGAAAGGAGAUGAAGACAUUACAAAGAAUCGGAUGGCUAUGCAAAGAAUUAAAGAAGCUGCAGAGAAGGCCAAAAUUGCACUUUCCCAUGUCCAUAAAACCAGGAUUCAAAUACCAUUCAUUGUAAAGGAUGAGAACAUUGACUUUGAAUUGGCGGAGUCAGAGCUAGAUGAAAUGACAAUGCACUUGAUUAAGAAGACUAUGGAACCUUUGAAGAAAGCUAUAUCCGAUGCUGAUUUGAAGAGAAGUGAUAUAGAUGAAGUGAUUAUGGUAGGAGGUAUGACAAGGAUGCCUAGAAUCAGAAGGAUGGUGGGCGAUUUUUUCAAUAAGAAGCCAAAUACGGAGGUUAAUCCAGAUGAAGCUGUGGCUAUCGGUGCGGCUAUUCAAGGUGCUGUGCUUUCUGGUGAAGUGAAGGACGUUUUACUCUUGGACGUGACACCAUUAACUCUUGGUAUCGAAACCUAUGGAGGUUUAUUUUCACCUUUGAUACCUAGAAAUACUACAGUUCCAUGCAAGAUCCAGACAACUUAUUCAACAGCUGUGGAUGGACAGAACUCUAUAGACGUUAAUGUAUAUCAGGGAGAAAGACCUUUGGUUCGGGACAACAAGUUGAUAGGUAAAUUCAAAUUGACUGAUAUUCCACCUAAACCAAAGGGUGUUCCAAAAAUUCAAGUGUCGUUUGACAUUGAUGCCGAUGGUAUUAUCAAGGUAAGUGCACUUGACAAAGAUAGUGGCAAAAGAGCUUCAAUUACCGUGUUUGGUAAGACGGGUAUGUCUCAGGCCGAGGUUGAGCAGUUGGUGAAGCAAAGUAAAAAAACUACUAAAGAAGAUCAGAUGACAUUGAACUACUUGAAGCAUGUGAAUAACUUGGAACUCAUUGUGUUUGACAGUGAGCAAGCAAUAAACGACUGGAGUCGGUUUAUUUUGGAAGAGGAAAAAGAGAGUCUCGGCAGAAAGUUAAGUAUAGUUAAGAGAAUGAUUAGCGAUUCCAGAAGUGGUGAUUUGUUUGACGUUAAGUUAAUUAAGGCUGCCCAAGUCGAGCUCAAAGACGAGACUAUGGAAAUAAUACAGAAUGCUGGUCAAAGAAGUCGUGACGCCAGAAAGAAGGUGCAAUCGCAUGAACCCAAUUGA